AGCUGCUCUGGCCGGCGCAGGGCUUUGACUCAGCAUUGACGAGGAUGAGCUUUUGAGGCUGAUUACGGUUGUUUGCUGUAGUUUCUCAGCUCGGUACCGCACGCUGUUUGCUCUGAGGAUGAAGAAGUGAAUCCUCUCUGAUCGCAGUCAUGGCUGUCCAGGCGGGCAUCCAGGUUUGGUUCGGCGAGAAGUUCGAUGCUCCACUGCUGUGCCCCCUUAGCCCCCGUAGCCCGUUAGCACAGCGACACGGCCCAGGCCUCACAGACGUCUUCCAGUACGACCAGUGGCUGGCCGUGAGACAUGAGGCCACCCUGGUGCCCCUGCAGGAGGACCUGGCCAUAUGGCUCACCGGCAUGUUGGGCGAGGAGGUGAGAGCAGAGUUCUUCAUGGAGGAGCUGAAUAACGGCGUGAAGCUGUGCCAGCUCAUUGGCGCGCUGCAGACUAAGAUGUCCCAGAGCUGCCCCUCAGCAGUCUGCAAGCUGUUCCCCACAAGGAAGAUUGCAUGUAAGCGUGACGCCUCUCCAGGUUCCUUCUUCGCUCGCGACAACACCGCCAACUUCCUGGCGUGGUGUCGCCACGCCGGCGUGGAGGAGACCUACCUGUUUGAGUCCGAGGGCCUCGUGCUGCACAAGGAGCCUCGGCAGGUUUGUCUCUGUCUGCUGCAGAUCGGACGCAUCGUCUCCAAGUACGGCGUGGAGCCUCCAGUGCUGGUGAAGCUGGAGAAGGAGAUCGAGCUGGAGGAGACGCUGCUGAUGACGGAGGAGCCCCGUCAGGCCGUCAAAACCUUUAGCGUGUGCUGCCAGCACGGCGGCCUCUACCAGGCGGGGGAGCACGGCAUGGACGACCCGCCCUGCAACUGUGCCAACAGAGUGUCCAUCGAGUACCUGUCAGAGGGACGCUACAGGCUGGGAGACAAGACGCUGUUUAUACGGAUGCUUCAUGGAAAACAUGUGAUGGUGCGUGUGGGCGGCGGCUGGGACACGCUGCGCGGCUUCCUGAUGAAGUACGACCCGCUGCGGGUGCUGCAGUUCACCACGCUGGAGCAGAAGAUCCUGGCCUUUCAGAAAGGCCCCCCCGGCCUGGGAGGACACCAUGGCAACGCAGCUCCACCCCCCCCCUCCUCCUGAAUGGACCCCCUCGCCGCCGUCAACAACCUCCUCUCCUCCUCCUCCUCUUCCUCCUCCACCUCAUCCUCUUCCUCCUCCGCCUGUAAGCCGGCGUCGGCGACCGCCGCAGCUCAGGCUUGUCGGUCCUACACCGCCUCCCCGGCGUGCACGCCCACGCUGCCCAGAAAAGGUGCAGCCAUGGUGCCCAAGAAGACCCUGCAGGGGGCCCCUUCCUCCCCCAGGAAGCCCACCCAGCUGCCGCUGCCUGGCCCCCCCACAACCUCCUCCUCUCUGCCCUCCACGCCGUCCCCCAGCCCGGUCUGUCAGGGUGUGCUGCUCCAUCGCAGAGCUCUGACUCCAUCCCCCGCCCCUGCAGAUCCACGACCUGCCGCUAAACUGAAGCUCAGACCAUCACCACGCGGUCCCCCCCCUCAGCCCAGGAGCCCCGUCUGCCCCGAACCGUCUUCCAAAUGCCCCAAACCCUCCAGCCCCUGCACCUCCCCCAUCGCUGCCUCAGCACCUCGUCCCGUCACUGCACCAGUACGGGCGCCCGCUCCUAAAGAUGCCCGGCCCCCAACGGGCGCCAGCCAGCGCUCUCGCUUUGUACAGCGCCGUUCGGGCUCCCCGGCCUCGCGCCUCCGUCUAGAGGCCGCCAGGCGGGUGCGAACCGCCACAAGAGCUGCAGCCACGGCAACAAGAGCUGCAGCCACGGCAACAAGAGCUGCAGCCACGGCAACAAGAGCUGCAGCCACGGCCACUCCCCCAACACGGACCCCCACCCCCAGCUCACAGACGGCCUCUCCAGUGCUGCCAAAGUCCCCCUGCUUCCUGCCGAAGAGCAAAGACGUCACAGCCAAAGCCAAGGGGCCGGCCCCGACCAAGGUGGCUGCUGCCCCCCCACGCAGCACUGCUGCCCCCCCACGCAACACUGCUGCCCCCCCACGCAGCACUGCUUCCCCCCCACGCAGCACUGCUUCCCCCCCAGGGCGGGUUCCCCCUCCCCCCGCAGGCAAAGCUAAUCAGAAGACUGCAGCCACGGCGCCGAGGGUGGGCCGAAAGCAAGCGGCCGCCACUAACGGGAAGUCGACUGUAAAACCUGCUGCGGCUGCAGGACCGGCCCCCCAGCAGAGCCCCCAUGUGAGCGCCGUGAAGAGCAGGAAGACCCCCCAGCACAAGAGCGGCGAGGAGCCUUACUUUGAGAUGAGCAGUCGGAGGAGGCAGCGGACGUGAGCAGCUGAUCCUCCUUUAAUCUCUUCAGUGUUUUGUUUUUUAUUGAAGGUUUUAAUCCUGGUUUUAAAACUUUUUUUAAGGUCCGUUAAACUGCUUAACAUGAAAACUUGCACAACGUUUACAUUUUCAUUUUUGUUACAAAUUAUUUCUGACAGAAGAAAUAAACACUAACUUCAAAGCUUUAUAUCCCCCCCCCCCACCCCCCCCCGCUAUGAGCUGCAGGAUCUACUUCUUCAACGCGUCACAACGUUGUAUAAAUUAUGUUUGGGGGGGUCGGACCCUCCUGUCUGUGCCUUCAUCAAUAACCUGAGCGGCAUUAGAAUGUAUUAGAUGGUCGGGGGGGUUAACGGUUUUUACUGAAUUGCACAGUGUGACUCGAGUCGCAGAUGAACUACUGAACAAACUAACAAAGUCUGAAACCUUUUAGAGCAGGCUCCUCGUUUUCUAUGGUUUCUAACGUGUGUGUUCAAGUCUAGUUUUCUAUGUGGUGUGUGUGUAUAUAUGUAUAUGUAUAUGUAUACAUGUAUAUGUGUAUAUAUAUAUACAUAUAUAUAUAUAUAUAUAUCUAUAUCUAUCUCUCUAUCUCUCUAUCAGUGAGGCUUUUUUCUUGUUUGGCACUUUACAGAAACCACCGUGUUCGUCAGUUUGAAUAUCUUUGUGUCUCUUGUUCCAGAAUCCUUUUUGUCAUUUCGAAUAAUAAAUGUACAAAUGUUUUAAAGUUUAACUCGGAUAACUUUGUCUUCUUUCACACGUUCAGCACUAACUGUAUUGCUCCCUUUAAUGUCUCAAUGAUCCCCAGAACUGAAAUACUAACGAGUGUAAAAACAAGUAAAAGUAUGAAACAAUAUUAAGAGUUUUAACCCUUUCACUCACAGAGGUCACUACAGUGGACCGCUAUUCAACCUCUGUGUUCUUGUAUGUGCAGGGUUUUGAUGGUAUAGUUGCACAUCAGCCACUAAAGUGAUCUGCAUCAUCCCGUACUCUGCUACUCAGUAACCAGCUGUAAGUACAAGAUACAUUUCUCAAAACCAAGAUGGCCGACAGACCGCCAAAAACUUCCAGUCGCUCAUCAAGAUCUUGCUAACCCUUCUAUGGAAAGAGACCCUCGCAGUUAUAACAAUGUUGGUGACAUCAAGUAACAACUAAGGAAUCAUAUAAUUCAUAAAGUAUUGAUUUUAUAUUUGGGAGGAAAUUACAAUUGAUCAUCUGUCCACUAAAGUGGAUGUCAUGCAUCAUCACUGUUCAGCUAUAUGUCAACUACAAUAUUGCUACUGUUGUUGAGUAAACUUCAUGUGCAGUAACUUUUUGGCUGUAAUUCCAUUUAUUUAUGUUAUUAGAAUCAGUAUCUGGUGUGACCACCAUAUAGAGACAUGAACAUUGAAUUCACUGGCAACAGCUCUGCUGGACAUCCAUGCAGCCGGCGUGCCUGCCUGCCUGCAGCCGGGGUGCCUGCCUGCCUGCAGC